AUGAUUGGGUUCUCUGCCCGAACUAGGUCGCAAGGAUACUUCAAAGACCGGAAGACCGUGUCUUCCAAAGCGUAUCAUUGUUCAUGCGAGGAACGACCCGAUAACAAGUCCUCAAAUGGUAGAUUGGCGACAUUCAAGAAGCAUAGUUAUAGGAGCAACUGCAAAGCUAGGCUACGAGUGAGCCGGACAAAUGUUGAGUCUCCGUGGGUGGUAACUUUGUUUGAUAAAGAGCACAACCAUGAACUCCUCCAUCCAAGUGAAAGUUAUCUUUUGCACUCUGCACGGAAGAUGGAGCAUUCUCAUAAGACUUUGCUUAUGGCGAUGAAGAGUAGUGGCAUUGGAGUGAGUCGUGCUUAUCGUUUUUUGGAGAAUAUUGGUUUCACACGUAAAGAUGUGUACAAUGAGCUACAUCGCGAAUCAACGAAAUUGGCUAAUGUUGCCAAUGCCGAUGCAAAUAAGUUGAUGGAGUAUCUUACCGAGAAAGGAUUGAGUGACCCUUCUUUCUAUUGGAAAGUUAAGGUAAGUGAGGAUGGAAGGCUUCAAAACCUCUUCUUUAGGGAUAGUAGAUGUCUUGUGGAUUAUCAACACUUUGGUGACGUGAUAUCUGUGGAUGCUACAUAUAAAACGAAUAAGUACGACUUGAUUUGCGUCCCUAUUGUUGGAAUAAAUCAUCAUCGGACGAAUGUAAUGUUUGCGGUUGCUUUUUUAAGUAACGAGAAGACGGAGUCGUAUGAGUGGUUAUUUUCUACCUUUCUAGAGUCAAUGUAUCAUAAAGAGCCGGUGAUCAUUUUCUCCGAUCAAGAUCAAGCUCUUAUGAAUGGUGUUGAUGUUACGUUUCGUGAUGCGAAGCAUAGGCUUUGUCAAUGGCAUAUCAACAAAAACGCCGCCAAGCAAUUUGGUAGGCUCAACCACGAUGACUCUUUUAAAACUUUGUGGUAUAGGUGCAUGAAUGGUUGUGAGAAUGAGGAAGAGUUCGAAUCAUGUUGGUCAAGUAUGAUGGAAGAGUUCAAGCUUUUUGAGAGUAGAUGGUUUAAUAGCAUGUACAAGUUAAGAAAGCGAUGGUCUUCCGCCUUUACACGAGACAAAUUCACAGGUGGAUUGCAUGCUACGUCUCGUAGUGAAACGAUUAAUAAGGUGUUGAAGGAGUUGUGCUCUUCUACUUCUAGUGUUCACGAAUUUGUAAUUGGUUUUGAGAGAUUGCAACGAAAUUGGCGUAUUCAAGAGUUCGAGGAGGACGCUCUUUGCCGAGGUAUGCCUGGUAUGUUCUUGCAAUCAACUGAAAUUUUGUUGCAAAUUGGGGAGAUUUGUACGAGAAAUAUUUUCAAGUCAUUUGAGUAUGAGGCUUUGAAUUCCGUAUCAAUGAAAUUGACCCAUGAACCACUAGAUUUAAAUGAUGAAUUGAUCGAGUUCAAGGCUUGUUCUAAAAUGGCUUAUAAAGGUUAUCGCAUUGUUAAAUUCAAUCAAGCAACAAAAAUGGGAACAUGUUCGUGCCACAUGUGGGAGACAGAAGGACCGAACAAGUUCACACAUAUGUUGUUUGUGAAUCACAAUGCUCAUCGUUUUUAUGACAUGUUGGUAGAGUGCAAGGAGGAUGAGGUUUGUAGAAAUAUGAUCAAUGACUGUCUCAAUACUUUGAUCGAGGAAGUGAAGAAGUUGAAAAUGGCUCGAAGCAGUUAUGAAGAAGCUGGGCCUUCUGGUUCAGUUUUUAAGGAACCAUUGCAUCAAGCUAUUAAAAAUCCAGUGCCAAACAAGAAACGUUCGCUUAAACGGCGGAUGUUUAGCAAGCACUGGGAUUCUGGAAAGUCGGACGCUGUAAAUAUAACAAGGGCAACUGAUGAGGUCCAUGAUUUCGUGGAGUCACAAAACAUUCCUUACUUUGUGAGCAGCCAAUUUACGAACGAAAACUGCAAUGGGAAUUUCGAUCGGUUUUCGGUGGAUUAG